AACGGAGCUGCAGGCGCAGGCUCGACGCUCGAGCAGACGAAGAGAUUCGGGAAAGAAGCUCGCGGAGCGAAAAAGAAAGUGAGAUUGCAAAUUCGCACGGACGGACAGACCUUCGUUGUGCGUCUUGGGGUGCAGUGCGGACAUGUCGGUGCACGAGCGGCGCCGCCGUUGACGAUUCGCGGGCGUCACCGGGCCCCCUGCAUUCACACCGAGAGAGCUGAAUGACUUCCCGAAGAAUGCCUGAGCCGAGCGGUGCGUGCAUGUCACACUACGGCAGCCUCCGCCACUCGCACUCGACCCCCCUCACCCCGGGGGGCUCCUCCAUCGGGGGCAUCAGCGCCGACCCAUCGAAAACGCCGCCUGCCACGCCCAAGAAGGGUGGCAAAAUCCUUGCGGUUCGAGUCCAAAUGCUCGAUGACUCAAUCACCAUGUUCCAAGUUCAGGCCAAAGCCUUGGGGAAGUUGCUUUUCGACCAGGUCUGCAGGCAGCUCAACCUACUCGAGGCAGAUUAUUUUGGACUUGAGUACACAGACCUCAACACAGGCGCUAGAUACUGGCUGGACCUGGAAAAGCCAUUGAGUCGACAGGUCGGCCUAACCCUUCCAGAGAACCUUUUGAGAUUCUAUACCAAGUUUUACACACCGGACCCUGCUCACUUGGAGGAGGAGUUUACGAGGUACUUGCUGUGCCUGCAGGUUAAGAGAGAUUUGGCCCACGGACUGUUGCAGUGCAACGACAACACCGCAGCUCUCAUGGCCUCCUACAUUGUGCAAUCUGAAUGUGGUGAUUAUGUUGUGGAAGACUACCCAGAUCAUACUUAUUUGUCGUCUUACAAAUUUGUUCCGCACCAAGAUGCUGAACUUGAGCGCAAAAUUAUGGAGAAUCACAAGAAGCAUGCUGGCCAGAGUCCUGCUGAAGCAGAUCUAAACUUGUUGGAAACUGCUAGGAGAUGUGAAUUGUAUGGCGUGAAAAUGCAUCCAGCCAAGGACCACGAAGGAGUACCUCUUAAUCUGGCUGUGGCUCAUAUGGGAAUUCUGGUCUUUCAAAACUACACAAAAAUCAACACAUUCUCUUGGGCAAAAAUCCGAAAACUAAGUUUCAAGAGAAAAAGAUUUUUAAUCAAAUUGCACCCGGAGGGUUAUGGUUAUUAUAAAGAUACUGUGGAAUUUUUCUUUGAGGGUCGAAACGAGUGCAAGAAUUUUUGGAAAAAAUGUGUUGAGCACCACGGUUUCUUCCGAUGUGCCACCGUUAAACCUCAGGCUCGACAAAAAGCACGAGUAAUUAGUCGUGGCUCAUCAUUCAGAUACAGUGGCCGAACUCAAAAGCAAAUUGUUGAGUUCGUUCGAGAAAACUACGUCAAAAGGCAAAAUUUUGAGAGAUCUGCCAUUCCACCUCGCUCACAGUCAUUCAGGCAUUCACGCUGUGUUCACUCUAGCGUGGCCAGCGUAGGGACAAGUAUUUCUGCGCACCCUCUACUGCCUUUAGGUGACAACGCUGUUGCUGGCACCCCAGCUUCCUUGUCAUGUGGAUCGAUGACCCUGGAGGACCCUGGCUCUCCAGGUGGGCGUUACCCUGGCAGCGCACCUUGCACUUCCCCUGCGCACACAAUUGAGCACCACCACCAUCAUCACGCACACCACCACUCGCACCAAGGUCUCGCCGGCCUUGGCAGACCCACUUCACGCCAGGACACAAUGAGUCCUCCGACUUCGGCAGCUUCAAGCCCAAGCCCACCACCAGCAGCUGUGGAUAUGAGCCCAAAAAUGCUGAAUCGGCACGACAUCACUCCUCCGCCUCCUUACCAGCCUCCAAUGACGAGGACUCUUCCACCUGUGUCGCCCAAACCAGUCAUUGUUGCUUCAACGCCACAUGAGCCUCCCAGAGGCAUUGUCAAGCCAGAAAUUCACCAAGCCUUUGUGACGCCUACAAACGGACACAUGUCGCCCAUCGUUGCUCCUGUGUAUCCCAUGUUUCCACCUAGCAAUAAUGAGAACAGCUACAUCAGUCCUCCCAUUGAUGUUGACAUUCGCAGAAGGAGAUUUCCCUCUGACCGAGCUUACUUUAUGGCAAAGGAAUUGUUGAUGACGGAGAGAACAUACAAAAAAGACCUGGAAGUUAUUGUUGUGUGGUUGCGAGAGGAGUUGGCUAAAGAGGAGCCAACCAAUGAGCUGGAUGCCCUUAAAGGCCUCAUCAAUCUAGUGGCUCCGCUGCUGCAGUUCCACACUGCUUUUCUGAGAGAGGUUGACACCAGACUCUCGUGCUGGGAAGGUCGAAGUCACAACACGCCGCUGAAAGGCGAGCAGCAGAGAAUUGGAGACGUCCUGGCCAACAACAUGAAUAUGAUCCCUCUCUACGAAACUUACAUCGCAAAGCACAGAGCUGUAUUAGAAACUUUGGACCUCGCCCUGCGCCAGUCGAGGCGUCUUUUGACCCUCCACAGGGAUUUUGAAGCUCAGAAAGUUUGCUACCUACCUCUGACCUUGUUGGCCCUGAAGCCAUUGCACCGAAUGCUGCAUUACGAUCGGCUCUUGGACCGACUCAUUAAACAUUAUGGACCACAACACUCUGACUACCAGAGCUGCACAGAAGCUAAACAAAAAUUGGCACCCAUCAUUCAAAAGUUGUCUGUCGAACUGCGCACCUCUGAGAGCUGGGCCCAGCUCAGUGAGCUCCGACGUCACGUCGCUGGCUGUGGAGAGGUUUUGGCUGGCAGGCAGCAGUUUUUGAGGCAGGGGUGUCUCAUGAAGCUCUCGAGGAAGGGAUUCCAACAGCGGCUCUUCCUUUUGUUCUCGGAUGUACUUCUCUACUGCAGCAGAUGUGUCCCGACAAGCAAUGCUGGCAGUCAGCAGGAGUUCAAAGUACACGGACAACUGCCCUUGAGAGGCCUCUUGGCAGAGGAGACCGAGGAGAGUCAGGGUGCUCAACACUGCAUGGCCUUCACCUCAAGGGGCAGAGUGACUGUGGUCGCUGCCAACACAAUCGAGGAGAGGGAUCGGUGGCUGACAGCUGUGCUGGCUGCCAUCAGGGAGGCGGAAGAGUCGAAGGCGUUCAGUCCGGUUUUGUCUUCGUGCAGCUCAUCGGACGAGGUGUUGCCUGGCAUUGAUGAGCCUCAGCAACAAAAAGCUGUAACUUCCGCUCAACGCAGCAACACCAGUGUCCAUGUUUGCUGGCACCGGGGCGCCAGCUUAGGUUUGGAGGAUCAGCUCAGAGCAGUAGAGAACCAGUUGAGUGGAUUUUUGCUUCGGAAAUUUAAGAACAGCAAUGGCUGGCAAAAGUUGUGGGUGGUCUUCACGAAUUUUUGCCUCUUUUUCUACAAGACUUUUCAGGACGAUGCACCUCUGGCUAGUUUGCCUCUCUUGGGCUACACUGUUUCACAGCCGGACGAAAAAGACGGAAUCGCCAAGGACUUUGUCUUUAAGUUGCAGUUCAAAACGCACGUCUACUUCUUCAGGGCUGAGAGCGAGUACACUUUUGGCAGAUGGAUGGAGGUCAUCAGCAGCGCAACGCAGCAAUAGAAAUUUACUUCAUGUUUUUUGAAGUAGAAAUACCUUGUUGCCGGUGUAGUCAAGGCCAAAAUUUUUAAAGAGAGUAAAUCCCCUGUUUGGGUUGUUUGACAACGAAAGAAAAGACAUUAAGUUUUUUUUAGCAAUUUUUGAGAAACUUACAAACAUUGUAUGCGUCAACCAUUGAUUUACGACCAUCCUUCCAUGCGGCAGCUCCAAAUUGUGUUAACAUUUUACCCCUGAACUACUUGAUGCCAUAUUAAUAUCAAUUUUUAAGUCAACGAUUUGUUAUGUUUAAUCCCUUAAUCACUCACAAAAUUGAAAACUUAACAAUGUGUCAUACUUUUUAUUUGUUUUGAAUGAUUGAUUAAUUUAUCAUGUUACAUCUUCUUAUUGAUUCCUGCAUACUAUUUUAAUCUCUUGGAAGCUUUCCACACUUUUUCAUUUUAAGUUUUUUUGCAAUUUGGAACUAAAAAUCUUUUAUCAAUGUCUUUAGCUUAAUAAAUAAAUUAAAAUAUAUACACUGAUUUAAAACAUAUU